AUGAAGAUUGAGUUUGCUCCCCGCUCUUUGCCACUCCAGAGAAGGCUUCAGACAGCAUCAGUGGCUCAAUGGGUCUUCAGCUUUGUGUGUCUAGCACAGUGCUGCGUAGUUGCCUUCAUCGGCCUCCUCUUCACUCGGUUUUGGCUGGUCACUGUCCUCUACUCUGUGUGGUGGCUGCUAGACAGGGAAAAGCCCAGGACUGGUGGGAGGAGGAUCCACUUCUUGAGGAACUGCGUGGUCUGGAGGUACAUGAAGGACUAUUUCCCCCUCACGCUGGUGAAGACAGCAGAGCUGGACCCGAGGAAGAACUACCUGAUGGGAUUUCAUCCCCACGGGGUCCUGGCAGUAGGAGCCUUUGUCAAUUUCUGCACAGAGGCAUCAGACUUCUCCAAACUCUUCCCGGGCAUCACCCCUCACCUGAUGAUGCUCUCGGUGUGGUUUCGCAUUCCCUUCUUGAGGGACUACCUGAUGAGUGGAGGCCUUGUCUCCUCUGAAAAGGAGAGUGCAUCCUAUGUGCUAAAGAAGCCAGAGGGUGGGAAUGUUCUGGCCAUCGUCGUGGGUGGAGCACAGGAAGCGCUGGACGCCCGACCAGGAUCCUGCACCUUGCUGCUGAAGAACAGGAAGGGAUUUGUCCGCCUGGCCAUCCAGCACGGUACCCCACUGGUCCCUGUCUUUUCCUUUGGGGAGAACGACCUCUAUGAUCAGGUGAAAAACCCCAGGGGCUCCUGGCUUCGGCAGACCCAGCACUGGCUCCAGCAGAUCAUGGGCAUCUCCCUUCCCCUCUUCCACGCAAGAGGCAUCUUCCAGUACAGCUUUGGGCUGGUGCCAUACCGGAGACCCAUCUGCACCGUGGUUGGGAAGCCAAUUCCAGUGCAGAAGAAUGAGAGACCCUCCAAUGAAGAGGUGGAUCGAGUCCACCAGAAAUACCUGGACGAGUUGAACAAGCUCUUUGAGGAGCACAAAGCUAAAUAUAACAUCCCAGAAGACAGCCACCUGGAAUUUAUAUAG